GUCACUUCCGUGCGGCCGGCAUGUGGCGGCGGUUGGCGCAGGCGCCGGGGCUUCGGCCCUCGGGCCGCCCCGCAGGUUCCGGGCUGACCCAGCCCCUCGCCGGCAUGAAGACUUUCCUGCCCGUGCCAGCUUAUGAAGAUAUCUCCAUUCCUGAUAAACCUAAGCUGAAAUUUGUCGAAAGGAUGCCGCUCGUCCCCAAGACUCGCCGGGAGCCCAGGAACUUGAGUGAUAUCAGAGGGCCAUCAACCGAAGCCACUGAGUUUACCGAGGGCGACUUUGGCAUUCUGGCCCUGGGCGGCGGAUACCUUCGCUGGGGCCAUUUUGAAAUGAUGCGGCUCACCAUCAACCGAUCCUUGGACCCCAAGAACAUGUUUGCCAUAUGGCGGGUGCCUGCCCCUUACAAACCCAUCACCCGCAAGGGGGUGGGGCAGCGCAUGGGAGGCGGCAAAGGCGCCAUCGAUCACUACGUGUCCGCCGUGAAGGCGGGCCGCCUCAUCGUGGAGGUGGGCGGGCGCUGCGAGUUUGGCGAGGUGGAAUGGUUUCUCAACAAGGUGGCCCACAAGCUGCCUUUCGAGGCCAAGGCCGUGAGCCGCGAGAGCCUGGCCAACAUGCGGAAGGCGCACGAGGAACGGAAGCUCAACAACCAGAACCCCUGGACCUUUGAGCGGGUCAUUACCUCCAAUAUGCUGGGGAUGCGUAAGGUGCUCAGCCCGUACGACCUGACUCAUAAGGGACAGUACUGGGGCUGUUUCUACAUGCCCGAACGAGUGUAACGGCCAGGGAGGGGGCGGGAGUGGAUGUGGUGGGCGGAGAGCUGCCUACGGGGGCGAGGAUUCUGACUCUUCUUCGCCACCACCCUUUCCCUUCGAGGAGGGGAUCGCCCGGGGCCCCGGCUUGAGCGCAGCUGCAGAGCCACAGCGGCGAAGGAAGCCGUAGAACGGAUGGAUCCGGUGCUGGGAGGUUAGGGAGUGUCGACCGCCUCUUUCCUGAUUAAUAAAGCGCCCUAAUCCUCACCCUCUGGGUGAGUUCGAAAGAAGACCAACUCCGAUUGGCUGACGAGAGGGCGGGCCAUCUAACCGACAGUUACAGAGCUUGUAGGGGCUGGGGAAGGAGGUCCGAAAAUAAAGGCAUUCCCAAAGGAGAGCUGUUCCAA